GUCAUCUUCCGUAUUAGCAGAGAAAGAGGGCACGACUGAUGAAUUUCUCCUCUUCUCUUUUAUAAUAGAGUAGUGAAAGGCAAGAGCGGAGUGGCUGAUUCUCAAAUACCAUGUCUCAAAAAUGAAUAUCUUCGCGAAGGCCGGUGAUUAGAACUUUUUAAAAAUGCAAAGUGAUGAUUAUGAUUCAAGCAAAGCGGAUAUUUGUUUUGAUUCUUUAGGGUGAUCGCUUUUUUUUUGUUCACAUUGCUCGGAGUUCGAGGAAAGACUUAUUGAUCGCCCGAAAAAUUGAGGAGAAGAACAUGGCCCCGGCUUUCAGAUAAUUUUGUCGCCCCAUCUGGCACAUCCCAAUGCUCGUUCCUAAUUAGCCUCGGUCAGUUGUUGACCAUAGGACCGGAUGUAUUCAUAUAUAGUAUUACAGUCUAAUAGUUUAGUAGUAGAUGCAAGUAGCUAUAGCACCAGCCAUGUCCAGAGAAGUGUACGGGAGCAGCAGCGUUAGCCAGAGGUCACCCAAGCCCCCGCGUCGACCAGAUAUCCAUCGAGAUACCAACCCGGACUCUUCCUCCAAAUAUUACCCUUCUUCCAUUUCUCAACCAGUAUCGGGCAGGGUAAGUCCAGUUGGGUCAAGAGCUGUACCCUCUGACCAAGGGGUCGGACGGAGGAGCAGUCGACACGGUUACGGCGUGAGUCGGUCUAGCAACGCCAGCCCCCUCACCGUACCGACCGACGGACCAGUACCGCAUUCAAUCAGUACAUCCGCUUUUAACGUAGGGCACGGUAGGACAGCAUCAUCUCAUCACUAUUACAACGAAGAUUUGGGCAGCCCCACUAUGGACGGACGUGGGGGAACAGGCGGCACCGGGACGGCCCCCGGCCAUCACCGUAGCCGCUCGGCCACUCGGGUCCCUCUCCGGAAUUAUCACUCAUUAGAGAGGGAUCAGGAUCGGGAGUUUGUUCCCAUCCGGGAUCCUAUCCGGGAUCCCAGAGACCGGUCACUUGACAGGACGGACAUGACUGGAUCCGGCAGUAGGCAUCCAAGAAGCAGGGAAAGAAGCCUGGACCGAGCCGGAUAUCGAGAUCGCGAUGACCAUGCCUAUAGAGAUAUGGACGGCCCUUUGGAAGCUGAUCCAUACCGUGAUACGGGACAUUCUAUGUCGAGAUCUGGCCAUGGAGCGUAUAGUGACACUAGGCAUGGUUAUGGUGGUAGAUCUGGAGGUGAUGGGUUCGUAACCGAAAUGCAGCAAAGACUGAACGAUCUCCAACUUCAGUAUAGUAAUAUGAAGAGGGAGUUGGAUGCGACCACUCAAAAGUUAGGAUCUAGCAUGCAUAGUAUAAAAACAUUUUGGAGUCCGGAGCUCAAAAAAGAAAGAGCAUUGCGGAAAGAGGAAGCAGCGAAAUAUGCUCUUAUUAAUGAUCAAUUGAAAAUUCUGCGGUCAGAAAAUCAGGUAAGAUUUCUAAUAUCUAAUAUGCAUCGGGUGUUCUAUAAUCACCGCCUUUAAUUAAUAUAUUUUAAAAAAUUAUUUCUGAAAAAUACUCACAUUAGAAAAAUGCUGUAAAAAUCUGCCGAAUCACUACUGAAGAAGGCAGAUUGAAAACUUGUUUGAUUGCCUGAUGAAGCAUGGAAGUAUUUCUGGCAAUCGCUUAUCAACGCCAUUUUGUUUUUUCUGACAAUCCAACAGGGUUUGACGUUUUUGUCCCCGCCUUUCUCGAUAGUGAUUCGUUAGGUUUGAAUGACGUUAUUGAUUUUUUCCCUGCUUAUAUAUUCAUUUGCGACCUCUAAUUUGUACUUCUUAUUGCUUUAUUUUUGAUCAGAAAUCUAAAAAUAUGUUUAAAGAGAAAUCUAAAAAAUUUAGAGAGAGAUUAGGGAACACCCUGUUAGGCAUUCCCCCCCCCCUCACCAUAGUAAUUGUAAAGUUUUCAUUGCAUGUUUUAUUUAUUCGGAUCUAAAUUAUGUCUUUUGUUGUUGUUUUUUUCGACAUAUCGAAAAAUAGUUCAACAAUAUUUUAUCUAUGAAUUAUUUUAAAAUUAAUUUUCAAUUUUUGCAUGGUAUUUGGUUUUAGGAAAUAAUUUUGUAGUUUAUUGUAUUUUUAUCACGAGCGACAUAAAAGCAAAUAUUUUCAACCUUGGAAUCAUGAAAUAGGUAAUAAAUUAGGAGCAAAUCUCUAAACUUUUGUAAAUUAACUCGUUUGCUAGUUGCAAUUAAAUUUUAAUUCAAUAUUUCUUAAUCUCUAUAUAGAUUAUGUACUUAUUUUGCAAACUUUUUUUUUUCUUUUUUAAAAAAAGGGAGAUUAUUAACCCAAUUGCGAGGUGUUUUUUGUGCCCCCAUAUUUUUUAGAAAAUACCAGAAUGGAAUAAAAUGGGAAUAAAACAUUUCAUAUGGUAUGUUAGAAUAUUUUUCAAAUUUUGGGCUCUUUGGCUGCUAAUUAAAAUAUUUGGCUGCUAUAAAAAAAUAUACUACCUUAUCGGUUAUUUUCUAUAGAUAAUGCUUUUUUUUGUUUUUUUUUUUAACAUGACAUGAGCUAUGCUAUGAGUAAUGUAAUAGACACGGUUAUUAUCUAUCUAUUACAACAAAUUCUUAAUCUAAAAGUGUAACACAAUAUCAACCUGCUGCGUUUUUAUUUUAUUUUUAUCAAAAUGGAAAAAUCUAACGUUAUGCAGCUUUGAGAUUUUAAAGAUAA